AUGUCCCCUGACAAAGUACAAAGUGUUCAUAUCCAGAAAGAAGAUGGGAAGUCCAAGGGAUCUGUCAAGAAAUGGGAUUAUACCUUAGAUGGAGAAGAAAUAAGCGCCACGGAAACAAUUGAAGCAGCAGAUGACAGUAAAAAGAUGAUCACAUUCAAAAUUAUGGAUGGAGAAAUUAUGAAGGCUUUCAAGAACUUCAAGGCAACUGCUCAAGCAAUACCAAAGGAAGAGAGCUGCCUGGUGAAGUGGAUUGUGGAAUAUGAGAAACGGAGUCAAAAUAUCCCAGAUCCAGUUGACUACAGGGAAUUAGCAACAAAGAAGUGCAGAGAUAUGGAUGGUCACCUCGCAGCAAAUUUUAAUUAA